GGUGGAGGCGGCCCUGGCUCCGCCCACCGCCGCCUCUCGCCGUUGUCAUAGCGACGGCGGCUGCGCGGGUGGCACAGUGGCGGCUGCGGUGGUUACGUGCACUUCUGCGGUGGCCACGAUGGGCUCUGCGCUUUCCCUCCCUGUUAGCGGUGCCCCCCCAAGGCAGAGGCAGAAGCCAGAGGAUGAUGAUGAUGACUUACUCAACAGCCGAGGCCGUGUGGAAGACAUCGCCAAGUUUCCGUAUGUUGAAUUCACAGGUCAGGACAGCAUCACCUGCCCCACCUGCCAAGGCACUGGCUGCAUUCCCACAGAGCAGGUAAAUGAGCUGGUGGCGCUGAUACCCUACAGUGACCAACGGCUUCGUCCGCAGAGAACGAAGCUGUAUGUCCUGCUCUCCGUGCUGCUCUGCCUGCUGAUAUCAGGGCUGGUGGUCUUCUUCCUCUUCCCACACUCCGUCCUGGUCAACGAUGAUGGUAUUAAAGUGGUUCAGGUUUGGUUCGACAAGAAGAACUCCGUUGUUAUUCUUGCCAUCACGGCCACCUUACGGAUCAGGAACUCCAACUUCUACUCGGUGACAGUGACCAGCCUGACCAGCCAGGUGCAGUACAUGAACACUGUGGUGGGCACCCAGCAGAUCACCAAUGUCUCUAGCAUCCAGCCGCUGAGUGACAAACUGGUGAAUUUCACUGUGAAGGCGGAGCUGGGAGGACCCUUCUCUUAUGUGUAUUACUUUUGCACAUUCCCCAAGGUGAAGGUACAUAACAUCGUGAUCUUCAUGAGGACGUCAGUGAAGCUCUCUUACAUCGGCCACAUGACACAGAGCGCUUUGGAAACGUACCACUACGUGGACUGCAGCACCAACUCCACGGCUGCCCUGGACCCGCUACCUCUGCAGUCCCUCUCGACACAAGGCGCAGCCAGGGAAGCCAAGAGCAAGCCCUGAGGGUGCAGCUGAUGUUUUCCGUGGGCAGAUGGUUGUGCACAUGAACUUCUAGAAGGGAGCAGGAACUUUCAAAAGGAAGCAGAGGGAUCGCAAGUGACUUUAGCAGGAGAUAUUUGAAAGCUCUGUGUCCCUUUCACGCUCUUCCCCAUGCAGCUGGGCUGCAUUGCCUGUCCACAAAACCCGCCUGGGAUGUUGUUAACGCAUGAGCAGGCAGGUCCCUCCCCAAAGCCAGGGUCCUGCUCGGCCCACCUUCCUCUUUGGUUCUGAAGAACCUUUUUGGUAGGGAAACUGGACUCUCAAGCUUCCUGCUUUAGGGUCUGAAGAUCCUUUUUUGCAGCUGUUUUGAAGCUUAGCACCGUGUCAGCUCCUUUCAGGGUAAACUAAUUAGUUCUGUGCAAUUAAUUUAUUCCACUUUUGUUCUGUGGUAGCAUGUCACUGGCUUGUUUCAAAGCAGACCUUGAUUAAAAAGGGAUAGUCCUUGUCAGGAGCGCACAGGUAAGGCUUCCAUCCCCUGAGUUGCACUAGAAGGAGGCAAAGGAAGCGAAACCUUUGAAACACGCUUUAUUGUGCAGAUUUUGUUUGCUGGCAGCUGAGGCCACCUACAGCAAACCACUACCAACACACCCGUCUCGAUGAAGGCGGCCUCAGUUAGUGCAGCACUGCUGGGGAACUGUGAAGGCUCCUGGUGAACUGGACCUUCCUCCUCCGCACUGCUCCAAACCUUCCUCUCCUCCUCUUCGGCAGCUGCAGGGUCUCAGGGGUUCAGAACCAGGGGGCUCGUAGCUCGGAGUUGCUUUGUACUUGUGCCUGCCGCAAACAAGCGCGGAGUUGAACUGAUUUUUGUGGGAGUUGGGCCUUUGGAAGGCUUCCCUCCCAGGAGCCGGCCUCCUGGCGUGUUCUUAAGGCAAAAAAGAUGUGAAAGCGCCACUUGCCAAUGCUCUCACUGCGGCCUCGCGCCGUUUGCAGCUCGGAGGGGUUAAUUCUGCUUCUGCCCUUUGUAAUUUUUCUGGAAGGUGAUCACUACAGCCACCCGUGUUUCCUCUCUGCCUGCGCCUGUGGGAGGCGGAGGGGGGGGGGUGUGUGGAAACAAAGCGCAGGUAAAGGCUACGAGGGAAACGGGGGCUGGUGCUUUUCAAUGAAGGAUCUUUAUUUUGCGUGAGUUUGAAAUAAAGCCACCCCUUGCUUUUU